CUCCAAAUACCACAUAAACAGCCACAAAUGGGACCCACGUUAUUACUUUACUUAUUUGGUUGAAAUAUGGACACGAUAGCAACAGCCCACCAUGUAUUUCAAACCACAAAUUCAACAUCAAAAACUAACUUCCUACCGCCCAUUUCUCUCACUUCUCUCAAUCCUUCAUCCCCCUCUUUAUCUCUCUCCUGAAAACACCACCACAACAACCACCGUGAACCACCAUCCAUUAUCAAUGGCGGAAACCACUUUCUCCAAGCUAUCCGACGAUGUCACCCUCAAAAUAUUCUCCCUACUCGAAGACGACCCCCGCAACUGGGCGCGGUUAUCUUGCGUUUGUAGAAAAUUCAACUCAAUAAUCACGUCCACUUGCUGUAAAUCCAAGUGUCUUUACUCCUUCCCUUCAAUCUCCGCCGAUCUUCUUCCUGUCUCCUCUUUGGACGGUUGGGCUUCUCUGUACAAGAUCGCUGUCUGCUGCCCUGGUCUUCAACAUGCUGGCGUCCUCUUCGACAAUUCUCAUUUUGGGCUCGACCGCGAACUCGGUCCUACCGAAGAGUAUCUUCAUCUCCAAACCCAAACCCGAACCGAAACCGAAACAAACACUACCUUGUUGUCGUCACCACCGUCGUCAUCAAAAUCACCAGCGACGACGGUGACAGAAGUAGGUGAGGCGGUUGUUCAUGAUGAUGAUGAUGAUGAUAAUAAUAAUAAUAAUAUUGAGUUUGGGGGUUGGUCACUUUACGAUGAUUUGUACUUCGACACUAUUUAUGAUAACUCGGAGACUGCCACCCCUAUGGAAGUGACCACAGGGGUGGCGGAUUUAGACUCAAAAUUUGUGGUUACAACCAACCCUAUCCUCGAGGAAGAAGAUGAUUUCGAGUCUAAAUUUGUGGUUACAAAGCUUGAAAACGACGAAGGGGUCAAGAGACGUAAGGUUAACGUUUCUAGGCUGCAACGGUCACAUCUCGCGUCAGGGGUGUGGAACUUGAGCAGGGAGCAAGGGAAUAAGCUGUUAGCGAGCAGGUUUCGGGACGAUUGCUUAUACAUAAGCGAUUGGCCAGGGUGUGUUCAUAUUGAGGAGAAGAGGAGUUACAUGUUGUUUAGGGGGGUUUUUAAGAACUUCAAGCGAACGCGAGUUUGGCGAACUAUAAACGACGGAAAUCGGAGUAAGAUUGUGCUAAAUUGUGCGUUUUGUAGCUGUAAUGAAGUGUGGGAUUUGCACUCAGCGUUUUGUUUGAAGAGAGGAUUUGGGUUUCAUGAUGACGGGGAGCCGGUUGUUAGAGCUUAUGUUUGUGAAAAUGGUCAUGUUUCUGGUGCUUGGACUGAUUUGCCCUUGUACACUUGAUUUAAAUGAAGAAAAGAGAGGGUAUUUUUGGAAUUUCAUCUGUUGAAUUGUAGAAAAGUUUGCUCUUGAAUUCAAUGUAAGAUCCAAAUAACAUUACAAAUAUUUGUUGUUUAUCAUUUUUUUUAUUUGUUUAAACGAUUGUUUUUAUUAAUUUUGUUUGUUCAUUGAAAACAUUUUGCCAAAUGUAAGGAGGAACUGUUUAUUUUAGCGCCAAAUGUAUGUUUUGUUUAUGCCUGAUCUAUGGUGUUUAUAAGAAUUUAGGAGAUUCGUCUCAUAGGACUCAAAAUUUAGAUUUAUGAAGAUAUUGACUCUUAUGUGGUA